CUUAGCGUCUGCUGGCGGAGGAAAGCGAGACAAAGUGUAGCAUCAGCAGCUGCGAUCACCCUGAUCUUGCAGUUGGUGCGUGCGGCCGCGGAGUUUAUGUGGUUCUGCGUGAAUUCAUGCACGCGAGCAGAGUGGGGAAUUGGCUGCGUAAUAGUUUUGCGGGUUAAAUUUUGCAGAUCGAGCGAGCGCGGUCCUCAGCGAGGCCGGUUGGAAUCGCUCGAGCCGGGCGGGGCGGUGCUGGGCUUCGCUCGGGGCGGAGAGAAGGAAGACGAUUGGCGUGGAUAGGGGCGCUGGAGGGACAAGAGCACGUGCAGCUUCUGGCAUAGAAAUGAGGAGGGACGGAAAGCUGGAGGGAUGCAUUGAUUUAUGGCAGAAAUAAGGAUGCCUUUACAACAGGUCCGUGUCGAAGUGAUGGGCGGAGUCCAUUUUUCAAGGCUUAGCGGGAGGAGUUGUCGAGCUUGGUGGUGAAAUUUGCUAAUUACAUUGGGUUUCCGGGAGACGUCUGUUUAUGUUUGGGUGUGAGCUGGGCAAUUGCAGGAGUCUUCCCAGGCGAACUAUAGCCGUGCUCUUCGUGCCGUGGGUUUUAAUGCCGAACAGGGGAGUGUCGUGGUCGUGGUUGUGGUAGAAGGUUGAAGCGCACCCCUUUCAGCGAGACCCGUUCGCGCAACUCACCGGAGCUUCUGGACUCCAAUUUCUAUGACUUUGUGAUAAGCCAUGAAAUUCUUUCGUGCCAAACUUAAAGCCUUGUGCCAGCAGUCUACUCGCGAUCUGCCUCCGGAGUCAGUGGACGGGGGUUUUGUUUUGCCAAUGCAGUUCGUGUUCAUGUACCAAUUUCCGGACGAGUUUGCAUUCCGCAUUUGCUGAGGCUCUAUAUUGCUCGGAUGUGGCUAAAGUGACUGCAAUUGGUGGCAGAGACGCAAUUCUGUCCUUAGUCGGAAUGUCAUAUCCGCCACUACAGCGUUGGGGAAACCUGAGACCUGUCCCUUAUCAAUCGCAUCAGUUUGUGGGGCGACGUGUGAGUGGAAGUUGGUUUGUUUCAAAUCCUCCAUGGAUAUAAGCCGUUAAAUUGAAAGUGCAACAUGAAGAUGGAGGCGCAGCAACUGGUGGAUGCUCUUACUGACCACUUAGCAAUUUAUCACCGCAGCUCUGCACCCAAGACAGAGUCGAGAGAAAGACAGAGAGUGGUAGAAUGGCUUGCUGGUUUGAAUUACGAACAAAGACAGGCCGCGCUUACAGUGGUGGAUGGCCCCUGGGUCGCAAUCCUCCUGAUGAUGCAGAAGUAUCUGGUAGCAGAAGGUAGAGGUUCUUUCAUUCUGCUCCCGGAUGUUCCUGGCGAUGGCAGAGAAAGCUCGGGUGCGGAAUUGGGAGCGUGCAAAUCAAAGAAAGGGAAGCUGGAUGAUAACACCUGUGACUCGAAAUCAACACGACCUGUGAAGCUCCAUCGAGGAUUGAAAGGAUCCGACCCGACGGACAAAGGCUGUACAAGAUGUAGCUCGACCCUGCCAGGAUUGUGCUUCAGGAGAGCUAGAGGGCUUGUCAGGCGAUUGCAGAGAGAGCAGGAAGCCGGUGAUUUGCUUGUCAGCAACAUUCGACUUUUUAGCUCGGGAGAUGGAGAAGGGAAGGUUGUAUAUGGAAUGGCAGAAGCAAGGGGCAUGCUCGAUUGCAUAAGUAUCUCCAAUGAUUUGUUGAGAAAUGUACACACCUUUCUGGAAGUCAUGGACGAUAUCUCUCAUCAUGAAUUCUUGAAAAGUCCAUGCCCCUACCCUGCUUCGCCUUGGGAAGAAAUGCCGUGGUUGAAAGGUAUGGGCUACUACAGCUUGCCCGCAUUCAUUGCAAACAAGUUCGAGUUUGGGCUGUGGUCAGCAUGGAGAUAUGCCCAGGGCAGUAAGAAACCACCCAGAUCCCUCGCAUUGAAGCUAAAGGAUCCCAAGGGAGGGAGGAGUGGCAAGGCUUGCUCCUGUGAUUUGCACAGCAAUGUGUCAAUUGCAUCAAGCAUUAUAGGAAAGAAGCUUGGCUGCAUAAAUUGGUGGGCUCGACUGCCAACCUGUGUGAGGGGGAACAUGAUCAAGUCUACACUGGCAGUGACGUGCAAAUAUGAGGUUAUGAAGCUUUUUCGAGAAGCGAGGACUGCCAGUUCAAAAGGUAGAGACUUAAACUUGAGAGGCAAGAACAAAAAUCUGGUAAUGAAUUCGGGAGAAACGAGGCUAAGAAACAUCUGCAAAGGCAGUCUUUCGGAUACGGAAUUAGACCAAGCUGCAAUGCUCGGAAGGAAGAGUGCGAAUGGAGCUGCUGUUGCACCCUUACUUACUGGUCUAAAAGCCUUGAAGGAGCUAUCAGAGGCUGGUUUACUAUGUGGAAAAUCUGAAGGUAUGAAUUCUGCGCAAGAGGCUGAUGCCAGCUGGCUGUUUGAUAGCACGUUGAAGUCUGCGCACACAUUGUCAGAUCGUGUAUUGAGGAAGGUAAGGAAUGUUCUUGUCAAGGUGAACAAUGCCCGUGUUGAGAUUGAGCUACUUGGAGAUGAAAACAAUGCCAGUCUGCACAGCAACAAUGGUGGUGAAAGUAGUGAAGUGAAAAGCACGAAAACAAAGAAGAAACGGAGAAAACAGACUUCAGCUCACAAGUUAGACGUCAGUCAGCAAGAGGAGAAGGGGCCGACAUGCAAGCCAAAGUCAGUGAAGGGUCAAGAGGAUCCAGAGCGAAGAGCAAAAACUGCUGUCGGAGGGGAGGUGGAAAAUUGGAGCCCUGGUGCCCAGCAACUCGUGUUAGGAUCCAAAACCAUGUCAGUUACUCAAGAAUCCUCCGGCCGCAAGGGAAAGGGUGGAAAGUCGAAGUCCAAAAAAGUCGAGAGGCUCAAUCACGAUCCUAAGUUGCAUUCAAAGAUUUCCAGUAUGAAUGGUAAAUCUACCCGACACGAAACCGCUAACCAAAUCGAUUACCCGGCGGCGAGCGAUGUUAACAUGCAUAUCAAUUAUGAUAGACAGACCGAUGGAGAUCGAAAGAAUGGUGCGCCGGAUGUGGCAAAGGACGAGCAGUUGGAUCAGGAUUGUACCUUACUCUCAGAAACAAUAGCUGUGAAACUACAUGAGAACUUACCUGAAAGCAAAUCGGAGGAUUGUAACGGUUUUCACAUCAUAUCCGGUAGCAGGAAAGGAAAAAGAGGUGUCUUGAAAUCAAGAGUGGAAGAGAAGGAAUCCAACAAGACUGUGCUACAUAUGACGAAGUCUCUCUUGAAAGAUAAAGAGAGUUCUCAUGCAAGCGUUCUGAACCUUAUGGAUGGAAUGUACUUGCGUUCAAACGGGCCAGAAGAGGUAAGGAAGGACAAAUUGGAGAAUGGCGAGCAGCUGUGUAAUGGUCAUUCCUUACCGUUCAGCGACGUCGUAGAGAUGAUCGAGGAUGACUCUUUAGCAAGCGAUGUCAAAGAUAUGAAUGGUGGCAUUGUCUGCCUGAAGAGAGGGAAAGCUCAUGGAGUCGAAAGUGUUGGUGGUGUCAGUUUCUUGCCUGGUAAAGCUAGAACCCAUCACUGGAGUGGAGUUGAACAGGAAAACAUGGUUAUUCACCACGAGGACGAAGGAAGCUGCAAUUCAAGGCCAACCUUUCAGAAUACCAUAUCAGAAAGCAGAACUGAAAUGUUCGAUACUUCCGUGACAAGGGACGUGGUUGUGCUGACUGAUGUGGACCAAAGAAAUCCGGACAGCCUUCCAAUUAUGACUUCAAGAGGAGAGCCCUGCCAGAAUGUUUAUGUACAGAACUCCGUAGGAGUACUCAGUGAACACACAGGUAAAGGAGAGUCAUCCACAAUCUGCUUUGGAACCUUCGACACUGUGGUAGCUGAAUCCCCAAAGAUUCCCAAUCCUUCUGUUCAUUUGGAGACUCCCUUGAAGUUUGAAACGCCAAUUUUAUCCAGUAGUGAGAAGGCUAAGGAGCCAUCGGAUUUAAAAGCCGUAAGCCCGGGAAGAACUCAAGCCAUGGAUCUAGGAAACUGGUCUGAAGGAGCCAGUCAUAGUAGGCACAUUCGAAAUUCUUUGAACGGAAUUUAUCCACCAACUAAAACCUCUAGGCAGUUGGAAUUCGCAAGCAACGGGGUUCCACAUUAUCAGCAGGGGCCGAUUGUGAGACCUGGGCCUCAUGAAUGGCCUGGCUCAGUUCAGGUUGGUUACUCUGGGGCUUACAAUCAGCCAACAGCAUCAGAUUGGUUACAGCUAGAUGUCGGUCGAGGCUUGCCUCCCCGGAUCCAAUCUUCACUGCUCGCUUACAGAAGUACUCCUGUAUCUACGCGGCGAAGCGCACAAGUUGAGAGCUCAUCUCCUGUAACUCCUGCCACCCGCUCUGUAAGCUUGGUGAAUCAAGAGUGGCCCUCCUUUGUGCAGUCCUUCAGUGUUUCUCCACCGCUGGCUUUCUCUGUACCUCCAGCAGACGAGUCAAGUCUAAGACCGGUCUUGAAUCCCUCUCAGCUGUCUAGUGGGUCUGGUGAACUGGAAGGGAAUGGUAGAGUUGCUCCAGAUGAGUUCGAUAUUGAAGACAGGUUCGCUUAUGACACGGAUGUAGAUGACUACGGUGUUUAUAAAGCUGGAGAGUUCGAUGAUUUUGACGGUUACAUGAUAUCUGAGGAAGAGAGCGAGAGAUACUUAGAGGAUGUAACUGACAGCAGUGCCGCUGACUACAACCAAAUUUUUGGAGGUGGAGUAAUGUACUGGAAUGCAGCAGAUUAUGCUGGAAUGGGUUAUUCUCGUCCGGGAUCUCUUAGCUCUGAAGACAGUUCCUGGGCACGUCAUGAAGCAGAUCUGAGCGUUGUGCUUGAUGAUAUUGUUAGUUAUCAACUAAUUCAAGGUGCUUAUCCCGGCAAGGGGUCCGCAGUUUCAAACGUGACAAGUUCCUCACCUCCGUCUGCAACGUCAUUACCCAAAACUUUUGAACAUUUGAGCCCGGUGGGAUCCACUAAUUCACGACACAGUUUGUCGAGACAUGUUGGCAAUGAGUUUCCUGGGAAAUUCUCAAUCCAUACAAAUCAGGUGCUCAGUACCGAGGAACAAUCGGGAGUGUCACGAGGACCAUCAUCAUCAGAGGUGAUUGACAAGAUCAGAGUAGACAGUUCACCGCAGCCGAUUUUGAGGCCGAUUGUGGUAGUUCGAGAUCUGAGCUUAUCAAGACAUGUAUCUUCAGGUGAAGCUCUCAGAUUACAAGAGGCCAAGAGUCCUCAUAUUGUACCGCGCAGCAGAAGGGACUUCCCUUGUCAUAAGAAACGUCCUCCUUCACCCGUCUUACGCUGUGUUCCUCCAGCUCCACCGCCGCCUCCUCCUUCACCAGUUGCAGGUCCAAGGAGGCGAAAGGGGUUUAUGGCAGCACGAUCAGGAAGUUCCAGCCCACGACACUGGGGCUUAGUGAAUUGGUCGUACAAAGAUGAGCCAGAUAAUAUGGACGGGAAAGCGAAAGGUGGAAAUCCAGAAGGUCUUGUAACUAGUGGACGGAGAAGGGUGGGUCUUACAAAUACUCCUCCAAUGCACCCUCUUUCAGGAGCCUUACUUCGAGAGCGACUAAUCUCUGUUCCACCUUUAGCUCUAGAGCAGGAACAUCUCGAUUCCACUUUACCGAUGAAGACCACACUGAUCCAGAGUAGCAAUCCUGGGCUCCUUCUGGCUUUGCCCAAGCUUCUCAAAGCCAUCCACGUGGAAAUUGAAGCGUUCUGUAUACAGGUUGCGAAAGAGAACAAGAGGAGAAAACCUUUUGUAAAUACAGCCGUGAAGAAAGUGGCGCAUUCUUUGCAAGUUCUGUGGCCUCGGUCUCGCACAAAGAUCUUUGGGUCUAUUGCUACAGGACUUGCGCUUCCUACCAGCGAUGUGGAUCUUGUAGUUUGUUUGCCUCCGGUCAGAAACCUGGAGCCGAUUAAAGAAGCAGGAAUAUUAGAAGGUCGUAACGGGAUCAAAGAGACCUGUCUACAGCAUGCAGCACGUUAUCUCGCCGACCAGGACUGGGUUAAAAACGAUUCUUUGAAGACAAUUGAAAAUACUCUGGUUCCAAUAAUUAUUCUGGUGGCCGAGUUCCUCCCCCAUCAAUGUGAGAUGGAGGAUGAGGAUAGCCCAUAUUCUUUUGGUCCGAACUUGCGCAAAGACUCUGCAGAAGAUGGAGUAUCUAAGGUCGACACUACCACGAGCACUGCUGCUUUGGCUAGUAUGGACAUCGUAAACAAGGAUUUAACCGCAUCCACUGAAGUUGUUAAGGGACCAUGGGGAGGAAAGGCAGAUCGACAGCUUGUGCGGCUUGACAUAAGUUUUGAGGCUCCUUCUCAUACCGGGCUUAGAACUGCCGAACUGGUACGCGAGUUGAUCGGUCAGUACCCAGCCCUGUCUCCUUUGGCCUUGGUUCUUAAACAGUUUCUCACAGACCGUAGUCUAGACCAUCCUUAUACAGGCGGAUUGAGCUCCUACUGCCUCGUACUCUUGAUUACAAGAUUCUUGCAACACCAGUCUCAUCAGUCCAACCUGAUGCACACUGGCAGGCAAUCGUCAAGUCAGAAUCUUGGGAGCCUUUUUGUAGACUUUCUUCAUUUUUUUGGGUGUGUGUUUGAUCCGCGGAGGAUGGGUGUUCGGAUACGAGGUGGUGGGAUGUAUCUGAGCAGAGACAGGUUCCAUGGCAUCGAUCCUCUAUACAUAGAAGAUCCGCUUCAUCCGGAUAACAACGUGGGUCGAAAUUGUUUCCGGAUAUUGCAGUGUGUUAAGGCUUUUGCAGAUGCUUAUGCAGUUCUUGAGAAGAAGAUUCACGCUGUUCCGAAUUGUACUGUGGAUCUCGCAAGUGGAGCCGCCAACUUCGAAUUCCUCCAGACCAUCUUGCCGGGUCUCGUGAAUACAUGCAGAGUGUUAGGUGAUUAAGUCUUUCUUUCUUGGAGUGAUUUGGUGGAAGGUGGACUACCUUGCAAGACGACAGUUGCCACAAAUGCGAGUCAAGAAAAGAGUUUGUCAUUAAUAUGCAGGGUACUUUCGACAUCAGCAUUUCCAAGUCGUGGAAAAACGAAAGCUUCAGUGGAAUCAACAGCUUUCAUACAACUCGGAACAAAUUUCUGCGCUCAAGGGCACAAGUUCUUGAUUAAAUUGCAGCACAGUUGUCUUCAAAAAGUGGUAAUGUUUCUGUAUUGAGACGGCUCAG